AAUCGCUGCGGGGGACCCUACUUUCUACUUGUUGCAUAUCACAGUGGUGGACCAGAGGGGGUGGUCAAGUCAACAUAGGCUCGCCGCCGCUGCCAUACGUACACGACGCUAGCUCAAUCCCUUGCUUGGGUGGUUGUAUUCUACAUCAGCAACGACAGGGUUUCUUUAUUAACCCACUUCAGCGAGGCAGGCCCAUGAGCGCUGAUCGGAUCCGUCAGACCUGUUGCAUGCAUGCAGCUCCCGUCAAUCAGGGCUUCUGAUUUUUUUUACAUCUAUGAAUCGGACUUUUUGCCUCUUCACAACAGCUCCUUAGGUCUCCUACAGACAGAAAGUCUCGUAACUACGGCUGAGAAACACUCACCGAACGGAAUUCAGUUUUUUCUACUUCGUCUCUGAAGUGAAAAAGUUCGUAGACGUUCUGAGGGUUAUUGAAUACUUUUUUUUUGUUCGGCCAAGGACGAGUGUGGAGUGUUAAAAACAGAUACAAAUCUACCAUGAGGACUGAUAGUGCUGUGACAACUACUAGCAAUAACCCUAAAUUUUACGGGAUCAACAUGAACUCCAAUGCACAGGGCAAGUUAUUGAAAGUAAGCGUGGAAGGCGGUGAGCUUGCUCCUGGGAGAAGGAGCGAUGGCGCCCGUCCAACCUGGGGCGGCAAAGCGGACUUUCUGCUCUCUAUCAUCGGCUUCUGCGUGGACUUGGCCAACGUGUGGCGGUUUCCCUACAUGUGCUACAAGAACGGAGGAGGGGCGUUCCUCAUCCCAUACACGAUAAUGCUCAUCAUCUGUGGUAUCCCACUCUUCUACCUGGAGCUGGCCCUGGGCCAGUACAAUCAGACAGGCGCCAUCACCGUCUGGGAUAAAGUCUGUCCACUAUUUAAGGGGGUUGGAUGGUGCGUGGUUUUGAUCGCGUUCUUUGUGGACUUCUACUACAACGUCAUCAUCUCAUGGGCUCUCUACUACUUCUUUGCCUCCUUCACCACCGUCUUACCGUGGAGUACCUGUGACCAUGACUGGAACACCAUGUACUGUUUCGCACCCAUUGACGGGCCGCAGUUUGACGUGGAAGUCAAUGUUACUGCUGAAGAUGGGACAAACGGGACCAUCAUUAUCAAUAGGACCACCUCAGCAGCUACGGAAUACUAUGAGCGUGGUGUGCUGCAGAUGGACCAGAGUGGUGGAGUGGAAAACAUGGGUAAAGUGGUCUGGCAGUUGAUGCUGUGUCUCUUCACGGUUUAUUUGAUCUGUUACUUCAGCAUGUGGAAGGGAAUCAAAGGUUCCGGAAAGGUGGUAUGGUUCACAGCUACAUUCCCGUACGCUGUGCUGUUCUGUCUUCUGAUUCGUGGGGUUACACUCGAAGGAGCGGAUGUUGGCAUCAAGUAUUACGUCAUCCCGGUGUUUUCCAAGCUUCUCAAUGCUCAGGUGUGGGUUGAUGCAGCCACACAGAUCUGCUUUUCUCUUGGGCCAGGGUUCGGCACUAUGUUGGCUUAUUCCAGUUACAAUAAGUUCAAUAAUAACAUAUACAGGGAUGCUCUGAUCACAAGUGUCAUCAACUGUGCUACGAGCUUUCUGGCAGGCUUCGUAGUCUUCUCUGUGCUCGGUUACAUGUCAGUACGCAACAAAGUCCACAUUGACAAAGUCGCCACUGAAGGACCCGGGCUCGUGUUUGUGACGUACCCAGAAGCACUCGCAACGAUGCCUGGAGCGCCGAUAUGGUCCAUCAUUUUCUUUCUGAUGCUGAUUACACUGGGCUUAGACAGCUCGUUCGGGGGUUCCGAGGCCAUUAUGACGGCUCUUUCUGAUCAGUUUCCACGCAUCGUCAAAGACCACCGGGAAAUUUUCAUGGCUUUUCUUUUCUCGUUCUACUUCCUCGUGGGGCUUGCCUUCACGUCGCAGGGUGGGGCAUAUUUGGUGUUCCUGUUUGACAGCUUUGCUGCCUCCUACUCCAUCUUGCUGGCUGUGUUCUUUGAAGCCAUUGCCAUUUCUUGGUUUUACGGGAUGCAGCUGCCGCCAACAAAGAGGAUAAGUGAAGAUAUCAAGGCAAUGCUCGGAUACUACCCAGGAAUGUACUGGCGUGUGUGCUGGUCAUUUGUAUGUCCAGCAUUCGUUAUGUGCUGUAGUGUGUUUGGAUUAGCCAAUUACAAGUACCCCACCUACGACGAAUACACGUACCCACCGUGGGCCAUUGGACUUGGAUGGAUGAUCGCAGCUGCGUCUGUUAUAUUAAUUCCGCUCACUGCAAUCUACAAGAUUGCCUCAACACCCGGUUCCCUUUAUGAGCGGUUUAGAGUGAACCUACAAACCCCACCUCAGUACCCAACCGACAUGGAGGUCGGUAACCAUUACCCCUGUCAACUCAACGGUGUACCAAUGGACACCAAACCGGUCACGCACGUUUAAAAUUUCCAAUGGAACAGAAGUGUGAACAUUCGUAGGGGACUAGCCGUGGGGGCCAGCGGAGCUCCGUCCCCCACGAGCAUGCACGGAAGACGCGGUCAAACACCGUAAGUUAAGGUUCAACAAGGAACACGAUCGGGGAUUUGUGUGGAUUUUCUUCGAAGAAAUGCCUUUCCCGGAAUACCAAAAAAUCACAUUCGCAAUAAUAUUCAGACUGAUAAGGUUUAUUCAUUUGUAAUAAAUUUGAAAGUUUAUCUCAGUGACUGUGGAUAAAUAACAGUAAACAUUAGGAGGAUCGACUGCAUGAAAAUACGUUGUAAUUUUCACUAUUAACAGAAUACACUGAACUGCACUGCAGUUUCUCUUUUUUUGUAAAGUCGACUGGGGUCGAAUGUAGCUAAACAAUUCGGCACAAAAUCGUGGAGGGGCCGGGAAAUUUUAAUGGUGUAGUAAUAAGACAGAUGUGUUCCGGUUUAUUUUCCACGAUUUGUUUAUAAUCGUAUAAUUGUUUUAUCAAACUCUUGGCAAAACAUCACAAACUCAAACAGCGCCCUCAUUGAUGUUAAAGAAGAUUCAAUGAACUUUACAGUUGGGCGUGUAACUUUACACAAGGGCACGUUUUCAUUGUUCUCCCAGUGAUGGUAGCCUUUAGUCAAGGCGCACGCGGCACCCCCAGUAGUCAAGCACGACCGCAAAUAUCACGCACAAAAAAAUACCAGCGCCGUGCGUGAUAUCUGGGGUUGCCGCCGCCGCCGCGUGCGACUUGAUAAAAGGCUACAGUGAUGGUCGUUUAAUUUUCGGGCUUUGAAUUUUGUUUUUAACAAAUAAAGCUUUUAUGUACAUUUUAAUACUGAUAAUUUGAUUAUAAUCUCAAAAAAAUUAAAAUACGGUACUUAUUUAAUAACAAUAAUGUGUUGGAUUUUGUUAGGCUUAUUGCAAUGACGAAAGAACUAACAAAAAACAACAAAAUGUAAAUAGUAAUUCAUGUAAAUGAUUAAGUCAUUGGUGAUCACUCAUAAUUAACUUGCAUAUAAAGAUCAAACUUAAUUUCAAAUCAGAGGAUAUUUCCCCAUAAAAGUCCGUCAUCAAAGUAAUGGCAUAACCAAGAGUUGUUUGGAAGGGAUACUGCAUCACACUACUGCUAUUAUAAAAUACAAUGAGAUGUAUCUCAUCAUUGUUGACGUCGUGAAAUUAGCAUAAUCUUUACAGUAGUAAGUAACAUAACUGACGAAGUACCUUAUUUGACGUACUAAUGUUCUUAUGGUUUGAAAACAACUUUUUAAGUGAUUUAUUUAUUUAAUAUGUUUCCGUCAUGCUAUGGUGUAAUUUUGUUUGUUAAUAAUUACUGUACUUAUAGUCCGAAUGCAUCAGCUGCAGUACAGCUCAAUCCUUCGUGCCCUUGCGAGAUAACAAAUAAUAAUUAGUUCUUAUAUAGCGCAUUUUAUAAUAACGUUUAAUUGUUUUGGGGAGUAUUCUUGCCAUAAUUGUCGGUCUCGAUAUCACCGUGGUGUGAAAUUAUCCAAAUUAUGACGACAGCUUAAAGAGAGCAAAUUUGAACUUUUCCUAAUUUAAUAAACUUAAGUAAAAAUUAUUUGUUGGGAGAAAUGUAAAAAAAUAAGAUGUUUCUACAAUAUUGCCCCUGAUAAAUAUUGUGUUCCUUCAAAAAGCGGUAAACGUGAAAAGUGACUAAUAUGGAGACAUGAUGUGUAACUGAUAUGUAUAGUUCCCUGUAUACAGUACAACUGUGGAUAACAUUGAACAUAAGAGCCAUGAUUUUUUUUGCUUGAGCCUUGUUUUGGCCACAUGGGCCUCUUUCGAAACUAAGGUUUUGGUUGCAGCUUAACACAGCUCUGAAAAUAAAAAUAGAAACGUGCACUUUUGUUUGUUCAAUCUCAACUUCAUCCAGGUGAAGCCGGGGUGAAGCCAAGGCUGCAGUUUCGAAAAGGCUGUUAAUGGGAGACUUUGUAACGCUAGGUGGCAGCAGACUUACCAAGUAAUGUCCAUUGUCUGGGUCAAUCUGAGCAUGCUCACAUUUCUAAGAACAGUGGAUUUACUUGGUUAAGUCUGUUUCCACGUAAAGAGUACUCAAAAGUCUCCC